CUCGUUCUCUGCUUGCCCCCCUCAAUUACAACGCGUCGUACGUGGAAAGUUCUACGUCUUGUCGCGAUGUCUACCGUAAGAUUAAUUUGCCCCUAUGUUAUUAUUGCUUUCUGCUCUGGCUGUCUUGCCUCAGCGGGACAUAUCAAGCCUGCACCCGAAGCUGCACACGCUACAGCCAUAGCGAAAGAACAAUUCCCCGUUACCAUCGACGUGUCCCAUGAAGUCCAGCUGGGUCGUCAACUCCCAGUGACGUCCGUAACAUGGAAAACAAAUAGCAGCAUAAGCAUGUCACUUGAUCAGUUCUACAUAAUUGUCUGCAAUCCUAAUAAGGUUUGCCAUAUUUACAACACAACGAGAAAUAUCCUGCGUCCUACGGGUCUUCAAUACUGGACGGCGUACACGAUCGACGUUAUCGGCAUCUACAAUGUGAACGGGUCUCUACGCAUCGGUGGCGUGGGUAGAGACACCGUUUACACAGGAGAAGGUGCUCCUUUUCCUCCAGCUUCAGUCCGUGCUGACUUCGCCUUCCCAGCAACCAUCAUUGUGUCGUGGGCCAACCCCAAAAGCACUUCUUCCCGAGACAUAACGUCAUACGACGUAUGUGUGACAUUACCAACAAACGGCAAAUGUGCAUAUUCCCGGCUUGUACCGUUCGGGCGUAAUGGCUACCAAAUCAAGUUCGAAAACCUUCCGUUUGCAACCACGUACAAGAUAAGUGUCAAGUCUGUCAUAAGUGAUACAAGACAGGGAGCUUCGAGCAACUUUACAAGCGAGCCAGAGACUACGUCGGUUACGAUACCUGCUCAAGGUUACCUCCCGACGAAGAACCUCGCGUACAGAUUGGACCCGAGAAACGGCUCCGUGGAUGUUACUCUGACGUGGGACGUGGAGCCCAGCGGCGGGGUCUCGCCGUCUCGCUUCCUUUUCAAAGUGUGCGACGGCGAUGCCUGCUCAUCUCACGAAGCAGCUGGAGCUCAAGAAUUGACCCUGAAGGAUAUUGACCACUGGAAAACGCUGAAAGUAUCUGGUUACGCUGUGUACGACCUGAACGGUGCCAUCAUUCUUAGUGAGGAGCAGAAGACUGUGGUCAAGACUGGACCUGGCAAGCCACGUUCUCCAAGCGCCAUCACUGCAGUAGCACUAGGUCCGACGUCUGUCUUGCUUUCAUGGAUGUAUUCAGGCAGUGGAGAGAAGACGCCAACUGAAUAUGUCAUAGAAGUCUGUAAAGACAAAGUGGAAUGUACAAAAAAUAGGCAUGUACAGACAAAACGCACCGUCAACACCGCCGUGAUACGGGACUUAACGGCCGAGACAAACUACAUGUUACGCAUCCACGCUGUCAUCACUGACGGCUCAAAGACGUAUUCGGGGAUUGCAGACGAAGUGGCUGUCACUACACCCGGAUAUGAGAACAAACCACCCAUUUUCCACUGGAAAAAUCCUGUUCACAACGACAGUGUCAUAACUGGCUGUACCAUAUCAGUACUACGGAACCAUAGCACGAUCGUGUUCAACAUCACCACCACAUCUGAGAGCGGAGCUUUAGCUCGACUCAUCCCCUGGACAAAUUACGAAGAACAGAAACUGGGUUGUGAGGAGCGGCAUGAAGACUUCGAGAAAACUGCAAUAGCCGUAGGUGUGGCUGAGAUGAACCGCCAAUCACCGCCGUUCAGCUUACCCAGUCCAACUGUGAUCUUCAUAUGCGUCAUCGCGAUAGUCACCGGCAUUUCCAUUAUUGGAUACCUAACGUACAGAAAACUUCACAGCAACAAGAAAGUAUCCGUCCUCCAGGACGCCGAAGAAAUGGACACCCGAAGCGACGAACAUGACCCAACUCCGGUCGCGUGGAAGACUAAUUUUCUUUUUCACGACAGAUAAACAUCACAGGGAUAACUUAUUUCACACACUAA